CUGAAACCGAUAACUUAAUUCAAAAAACAAUUUUGUCUACAUUCACUAGCCACGAAAGACUGAAUAUUGGGUAUUGAAAUUUUUCAUGGCUCGCAGCUCACGUUUUUACGCUACUGUGUCUAAAGCUUCUCAUUCGGCCUGAUUCUGCAAAAUGGAGGUGGUUCAGCGCCACUCUGUACACACACUUGUUUUCCGCUCUCUCAAAAGAACACAUGACAUGUUUGAAGCUGAUCAAAGUCGUCUUCCGGAAGUUGAUGAGAAAAGUAAUUCAUUAAAGGUCGCUAUCAAAGCAAAAGAUCAGUAUGGACCUGUACUUAAGGAGCCUGGUCAUAAUCCACUAAAGCCUAAAGAAAAUGUCCCUGACACGUCACAACCGGGAGCUAUUGUUCCAUCUGAAAAGGUCAAACCAAAAUCUGCACUUGAACAAAACGCUUCUAUAGUUCAAAUAGGUAAUGAAAAAUUACUGCUUCCAAAGAAAGCUCCUACUAUGCCCAAACCCACAUGGCAUCCACCAUGGAAACUAUGUCGAGUUGUCAGUGGUCACACAGGAUGGGUGCGCUGUGUAGCUUUUGAUCCUACUAAUGAUUUCUUUGUUACUGGCGCAGCAGAUCGAAUGAUCAAGGUUUGGGACUUUGCUAGUGGGACAUUAAAACUGACACUGACAGGUCACAUAAGUACAGUUAGAGGUGUUGUUGUCAGUGCUCGUCAUCCUUACUUAUUUUCAUGUGGAGAAGACAAAACAGUUCGUUGUUGGGAUUUGGAGCAGAAUAAGGUUAUUCGUCAUUAUCAUGGUCAUAUGUCUGCUGUUUACGAUAUUGAUAUUCAUCCAACAAUCGAUGUGGUCCUUACUUGUGGUCGGGAUGCAACUGCACGAGUAUGGGACAUGCGAACCAAAGUCAAUGUUCAUACUCUAACAGGACAUUCGAACACAGUAGCAACAGUACGUUGUCAAGAAUCUGACCCUCAAGUGAUUACUGGGUCACAUGAUGCGACCGUCCGCCUUUGGGACUUGGCGGCAGGACGUACCAUAGCCUGUCUGACAAAUCACAAGAAAUCUGUCCGAGCUGUGUGUAUCCAUCCAACUCAGAAUGCAUUUGUUUCUGGAUCACCAGAUAAUAUAAAACAAUGGAAACUCCCCAAUGGUGUCUUUCUUCAGAAUCUAUCUGGACAUAAUGCUAUCAUUAAUGCCAUCACUGUUAACCAAGAUAAUGUGGUCGUCAGUGGAGGCGAUAAUGGCAGUGUUCACUUUUGGGAUUGGAAAUCUGGGUAUAACUUUCAGCGUCUUCAAGCUCAAGUUCAGCCUGGCAGCAUCGAUUCUGAAGCUGGUAUAUUUGCUUUAGCAUUUGAUCGUAGUGGAUCUCGCUUGGUAUCCUGUGAAGCAGACAAAUCAAUAAAGAUCUUCAAAGAAGAUGAAUCAGCGACGGAAGAAACACAUCCACUGUACUGGCGCCCGGGCUUGCUGAAAAAAUCGAAAUACUAGUUUACUUAACCCACUUAACAUUUCGACAACAGUUUGUAUAGUAUGUUCCUAUUAAAGAAUUUGUCUUACUAAAUACAAUCGAUUUAGAUGUUUGAUUACCUUACUGGUCCGGUUUGGUGAAUUUAAGACCAUAGACCGUAAUGGACACCAACGAGUAGUCACGUAUAAGCACCGAGAAACCUAUUACUCUAAAGGAGUUUCGCGAUAACCAAUUCCACAUUUACAUAUACAUGUAUUGAAUUAUUCGACCCUUUUUCUUAGCGACUGAUAUUUGUGCCUUAUUUAUCUUGGCAAGAUGAUGGAAUUAGUAGAAGAAAGAUAUUUUUGUAACAAAAUCUGCCAGUUUUUCUCUCAUGAAGAAAUGUACGUCCUGUGUAAAUAAUCAAAUAAAAAACCAGGAUUACUGAGUUAGUUUUAUCUUCUUACAAGGUAAUUGAUCUUCUACACAACUAGCUUCGUCUGUAGAUUGUUUAUUUACAGUAGGUUUAACAACUAUAGAAGAUACAUUUGGCAUAGACAAAAGUUUAAGCAGUGCAGCUGCACCAUGUACUGUUCUGCUUCGUAUAAGACCAUGAGUCACUACCGCGAAAGGCGCCUUGGUAAGACAGGAGUGAGUUGCCUCCUGAGGUUGCAGACCUAGACAACCAAGCAUUGCAGAUACCGCCACUGGUCGACGGACUUCCCAUCCGCUUGACGCCCCGGAACUGACGACUAUCAUGUUUGUGAAUGACUUUCGUGCUAUGCAGAGUAAGCUGCUGAAGUACUGUGAUAAGACUGAACGUGCGCUAUAAGUUCCAGAGGAAGAGCGAAGUACCGGAGCAAGUUGGAAUUCUAAGUGGAUACCUCGUGACAUCAUCAAAUUGCAUUGUUUACUUAACAGUCGAAUUUCACUUGAUUUUGUAAGGUCUAAAGAUAUAAGAUCAAUGUUCACAGCCUUUUCACAUGCAUAUGCGAAAGCGUUAUUGGAAGUAGGACAGAAGCUCACAAUAUCGAAAGCACCAAGUUUAUCUUCAAAUUGACGGAAGAACAAACCAGCAUUUUCAGCAUUAUUGCAAUAAAUCGUCAGACGUGUGAAUAUUCGUGGUCUACAUGAUAUAGCGGGAAAUGACACAGAAGCUCUGAAUACACUGCUUUCAUUAAUAUAAGCUUGAAGAACAUCUGGAGAAGGGGGUUCUAAUUUUGCAAUAAGGUUCUGGCGCAUAGCUUGUCUUUCCUCUUUGUUUUUCUUUCUUGUAGUGGAGUCUGAUUUAACUUCGAAAUUGAAGUCAUCUACUGAUACAGACUGACUGACCGCCACAUAGUGAUAACCACAAUCAAGCAAGCGUGCAAGGAGAUGCGCGCUCAUUGCCUCAAAAGGAACAUAAAGAUCGAAGUAUUUGCCUUCCAUUUCAUAACAUAUUAGGGUAAAUUCGGCUUUUCAACAAAAAACCUGAAGUAGAAAUAAGAAAUAUAUUAGCUUGAAAUGAAAGACGAACCAUGUUUAGUAUAUCUAUGAAGGUGGAGAUAUUGACAAGAAGUAGCGAAAUAAAAGGAAUAGUGUUAUGUCCUAGUGAAGAUUAAAUUACGGGUAACUUCUGAAAACUAUUAGUGGACUAGUACUAUAUACAUAUUCUUAUUUCAUAACUAUUCAGUAACUCGAUUAUGUAUAUCUAUACUCCUCUUAUUACAAGCUUUAUUUUGAUCUAUAGACUAUUAUGAUAC